CGAAAAUGAUUUAUAAAAAUGCUAAUAUUUAAAAUGACGGCAAAUUUUGGAUAAGUGUUAUAAAUUGUGUGUUUCUUUGCUAUUAUUACUAUUUUUACAACCUUUAGAAGGAAUUAUCAAACAGAAGCACAAUUGUUAGAUCCAAUUUAAAUCAAAAGUUUUUUCCAACACAGCAAUUACAAAAUAUUUAAAUAGUUACAAAGCGUCAGCAGUAAUGGAACAAUAAUUCAAGCAGUGCUGAUUAUUUUAAAGGUUUUAAAUUAUGGUUUCUAGUUAUUUCGCAGAGUGUUAGUGAUAAAGCCAUGAUUAUUCUUGUCCUCAUAAUAUCCCACUUAAUAUUUUGGGUUAAUUUAACAACAUCGCAAAAAGUAACAACAAAUAAUAAUCCCUGUGGUCAACUCUACUUGACCCAAUCUCCAAAAAAAAGUAAAAACCUUCAAAUAAAUUGGCACUUUACGUGCGAAAACCUACCAGAUACGCUGUUACUCACUUUGGGCGAUUUAAGAGUAAAUCCAAACGCCCAAAUUCUUUACCAAAUAAACCCAGGUUCAGUCAUUAAAGGCUUCCAAGCGACUCAAAUACCUUUCAAAAACGUGGAAUUUCCAGGAAACUGGACUGUGGAUAAUGAUUAUCCAGAUUUAAAGGCUAAAUGUUUCGAUUAUUACAUUUCAAGUCGUAGAAAUAAAGAAAUAAUUUAUUCGCAAUGUUUCUCCAUCCAACCAGCUUGGAUGUCAAAUUUCGGUGAUCUCAGAAUCGGGGAAAUGAUGAUACCCGGAACCCACAAUUCCGGUGCUUGGCAAACAAAACUCCCCGGGUUCAAAAAUUAUGUCCUCAAUCAAGAUAAAAAUUUUUGGGAACAGUUGGUUUACGGUAUUCGCUACUUUGAUAUCAGAAUUGGCCGUUAUGGAAACCCACCACAAGGUUUCUACAUAAAUCAUGACUUUGUCAAGUGUACUGAGCUCGUCCCGGAGCUUCAAAGUGUAGCCAACUUUCUCAAAAAGUCGCCAAAUGAAGUGGUAGUGUUGAAUUUUCACCGAUUUGUACAACCGAGAGAUUUUCUUGAAGGUUAUCACUUAGAGCUUUUGCGUGUAGUUAGGGACAUUUUCGGAGAUUUGAUUUAUCCCUACUCUAGGUUUAUGCAUCCGAAAGGGCCCAAAUUGAGGGAGUUUUGGCAAAGUCAAAAACGGGUUAUUAUCAGUUAUCGGCAGGAUUAUUUUGUCCGGAGAAAUCCGUGGUUGUGGCCCGGUGUUCAACGCGAAUGGGGGAACGUACAAAAAUUACAAAAUUUGGAAAACUACGUCAAAACAAAAAUCUCUAAACCGGUCCGAGGAAACCCUCUCAAUGCACUAAUGGCUGAAUUGACUCCAAACUACCGAAAUUUCCUACAAUAUGUUAACACAAAUUUAAAAGACUUGGCUUUGAUGGUGAAUCAAGAAUUGUCAGACUGGGUCAUUGAGAAUAAUCGUUCUGAUAAUUUGAAUAUAAUCGCAACCGAUUAUUUUACCGGUAACGAUAUGAUCAAUGUAGCAAUCGACACAAAUUUUCGCAAAUUGCAACGUUCUUUUUUCUAUUAGUGUUACAAUAAAGUUUUCCCCUGA